AUGAAAUGGGUUGGAGUUUUUGCAGGAGUGGGGCAAUAUAUUCCACAUGCCCAAGCUUUUAGGGAGGCUGUGUACAGGUUUAGUAUUGCACAGAAGUUUGCAACGACAUAUGUGAGAAACAGUAGGGAGAAGAUGAAUGUGAGGUGUAAAGUGGAAGGGUGUCCAUGGAAGAUUUGUGCAAAUGCUGUUGGGAGGGAUACUCUUUUAUUACGCGUGACCACAUUCGUUAAUGAACACAUUCAUUCAGCGCAAGAUAACCUAGAUGUCACUUAUGCUGGCAAUGCUGCGUUGACGUCAUCAAUAAUACUUGAGGAGAUAAGGAACCAUACCGAAAAGCGUCCUACUGAAAUAAGGAAGACACUGGAAAGGGAAUAUGGUGUGAGGCUAACAUAUGCUCAAGCUUACAGAGCAAAGGAAAAGGCCAUGGAACACAUACAUGGGAAACCGGAAGAAUCCUAUAUGUUCAUACCAUGGAUAUGCCAAAGAUUGAAGGAAACUGAUGAUAAAACAGUUGCUGAAUGGGCUGCCAUUGGUAAUACAUUUGAGCGGGUUUUCAUUGCAUAUGGUUCGUGUAUUGAGGGUUUUUUGAGUGGUGCAAGGGCUAUAUUAUAUGUUGAUGGAACUCAUUUAAGUGGUCCAUAUAAGGGGACACUACUCUCAGCGUCGGGAUAUGAUGCAGAUAAUGACUUGUUGCCUUUUGCAAUAGCAGUGGUGAAAUCAGAGAACCUUGAUGAUUGGACUUGGUUUCUGUUCAAAAUUAAAGAAAUUGUUGGUUCGGUGCAGGUGACGAUUGUGUCAGACCGACACAAUGCCAUAAUAGGAGCUGUCCAAGCAAUAUUUGGAGGUGAAAGACAUGCGUAUUGUUAUAGGCAUGUGAAGGAAAACUUCAGUGCUGAACAAGUGAAAGUAAACAGAGGUAAAAGGACAAGCCAAUGGUCAAAAGAAGAUGCAUUAAAGGUUCUUGAUAGAGUAGCUUAUGCAAGGGUUGAUAGUGACUUUGAUAAUGCAAUGGCAGAGCUGAGAACUAUGUCUCCUGAGUUACAUGAUUGGGUUAUCAAUCAAGGUGAUGUGAAUAGGUGGGCAAUGAGCAAGUUCGCAUUUAAAAGAUGGGACAAUAUAACAACCAAUAUAGCUGAGUCUUUCAAUUCUUGGAUGGUGAAGGAGAGAAAGCAUAAUGUGGCGCAAAUGAUCCAUGAGCAUCGGGAGAAAGUAGCAAGGAAGAUGCAUGCAUCAUAUAUGUGUAUGAGUAAGUGGAGGAAUUGUGUUGGGCCAAAAACCGAGGCAAAGGUUCUGGAGAAUGUGUAUUUCAAUAGGUAUAUGAGCUGUGACAAUUAUGGAGGCGGAAGACUGUGUGUACAUACAUCUCGUGGAGAUCAAAGAGUAGACCUUGGUCUACACCAAUGUAGUUGUCUUGGUUGGCAAAUGUCAGGAAUUCCAUGCUGCCAUGCUUGUGCAGCCAUUAAGACUGUGGGGGGAAAUGUAUAUGAAUAUGUUGAAGACUGUUACAAAAUUUCAGCACAGGAGAAAAUAUAUGGCAGGAGCAUGGUUCCAGUGGUAACAAUCGAUAUGCCUAACCCAAAUGACUAUAUGUUUGAGAAUCUUGCUGAACAAACCCUGCUUUUACCACCAAAUACAAGUAGGCCUCCUGGAAGACCAAGGACUAAACGGCAGGAAUCACAAUUCCAGAACAAAAAAACUGCUUACUUGUUAUAUCAGCAAAUAGAGGUUGCUGUCAAACCACCUGUGCUUUGUGGUUAUUUGGCAUACUGA